GAUGGCGGCCCUUGAGAGGUGUGGGAGCAUGGUGGACGGUAAUAUUGGUAAACUUUAGCCCUGGGUUCGCCUCCCCAGCCUCCGUUCGGCCAUGGCUAACGACAAGGUGGAGUGGGUGGAGAUCAUCGAGCCACGCACCAAAGAGCACAUGUACGCUAACCUGACGACGGGGGAGUGCGUCUGGGAUCCGCCUUCGGGAGUUCGAAUCAAACUGACGGACGACAACCAGUGGUGGGAGCUGUUUGACCAGAACACCUCCCGCUUCUACUACUACAAUGCGAGCAGCCAGCUGACGGUGUGGCAUCGACCAAAGAACUGCGACAUCAUCCCCCUCGCCAAGCUCCAGACCUUGAAACAGAGCACAGAGCUUGAAGAGGGCGGUGGUGAGGAUGGGGGUGGUGGCGGCGGGGUCUGCGCAAUGGGCUGCCCUGUGCCCCCGGUUAGGAAAGAGUCCGUCGGUACUCAGACGAGAGUGCGCGAGGAGGUGUCCCCGCGACCGCGGCCGGCGACGUGCACCGUCUCCACGCAGACGAGCCCUGGGCUUUCUCCGAGGCACCACCGCAAAUCGUGCCGUCACUCGCCCGAGGCCUCUGCGAAGGAGCUGUCCACGUCGCGGGAGGGCGGGCAGCCGCAGCAGCAGCUCCCGCUGCACCACUACAUCCUGGAGCAGGCGAAGCUGCUCGGGUACCGGCUGGAUCUGCUUGAGGACGGGUCGUCCAACUCGCCGAGUGAGGAGUCGGACGAGGACUGGGAUGCAAGGCCGCAGGACGACGAGGAAGACUUCGCAGACGACGAGGCCAUGAGUCACCAGGACUCGUCCUCGUCCCAGGAGAAUCUGGCGCCGCCGCACGGCGACGCGGACGAGGAGGAGGACACCUACUGCUCUCCGGCGCAGCACGGGCGCUACUCGGCCGAGAGCGACAAUGGCAGCUGGGCAUCGCAGUCGCCCCCGGGGUCGCCGCUUCCCCAUCAAGCCUGCACACAGCACGCGUCCUUGCGCCGGAUCGGUCACGGUCAUCGCGGGGAUCCCUUGGGCAGUGUCCUCGAGAAGUCUCAGUCGUUCCAGGUACCCGGGGCACCGAGAGACUCCAAGGACGCGUCGUCGUCGCUGCGGCCCCUCUCGGGGGAUCGCAAACCCCCGUCGGAGAGCGACAUUGUGCAGUACGCGCAGGACAACCUGAACCGCCACAAGCGGGGCAUCUUCCGCAAGAAGUUCUCGCUGCGUGACAUGCUGUCCUGGUCCAAGGACCCCAUCCACAAGCCCAUGAUCAUGACCACGGACAAGUCCCUCAAGCAGGACGCCUGCCAAUUGUUUAAACUCAUCCAGGCGUACAUGGGAGACCGCAAGUGGAAGACGGCGCCAGGGCAGGUCGCCCUGGACAUCGCGACGCGCGGCUGGAGCAAGCAGGCGCUGCGGGACGAGCUGUACAUCCAGAUCUGUCGUCAGACGACGGACAACCCCCGCCAGGAGAGCCUGCUCCUCGGCUGGGAGCUCAUGGCCAUCUGCCUGGGGCUCUUCCCGCCGUCUGCCACUUUCCGACCCUACCUCGAGAGCUACGUCCAGCGGCACAGGGAAGAGCCCCCGGUGGAAGCGUAUGCGGCAGCUUGCAGCCAGCGCCUGGAGAGGGGAGCUCAAAGCGGUGCCAAACGGGGCCUCCGCCGCCCCACCCUCGAAGAAGUGGACCAGUCGCGGGCGCACAUCUUCCGGCCCUCCAUGUUCGGCAACACCCUGGAGGAAGUGAUGGCACUCCAGCGGGAGCGCUUUCCCCGUCGCUGCCUCCCCUGGGUGCAGACGACACUGUCCGAGGCGGUCCUCCGCCUCCAGGGGGCCCAGACGGAGGGCAUCUUCCGCGUGCCGGGCGACAUCGACGAAGUGAACGCGCUCAAACUCCGCCUGGACCAGUGGCAGGGGGUCGACACCCUGGUGGACCCCCACGUGCCGGCGUCCCUGCUCAAGCUGUGGUACCGUGAGCUGCACGAGCCCCUCAUCCCGUCGGCUUUCUACCAGGAGUGCGUGGACUGCUGUGGGGAGCCCCAGACGGCGCUCGCGCUGGUCCGCCGUCUGCCGGACCUGCACCGGCGGGUCCUCGCGUACCUGGUGCGCUUCCUGCAGGUGUUUGCGGCGCCGGAGAACGCCCUGCUCACCAAGAUGGACGCCAACAACCUCGCCAUGGUGAUGGCGCCCAACUGCCUCCGGUGCACCUCGGACGACCCGAGGGUCAUCUUCGACAACACGCGCAAGGAAAUGGCCUUUGUGCGCACGCUGAUACAGACGCUGGACACGAGCUUCAUGGAGGGCGUGCUAUGACCGCGGCCCGGCCGUUUCUCUCGGUCCCCCGCCACCCCCUCACUACGGUGCCUGCAACGCGUCUCCGGCCGGUGUGUAAUACCGCGUCCUCAAAAGCGGUCCCUCAAUUUCAGCCCAACGUUUGGGACGUCAUUCGGGGCCACGUCGGGACCCUUUUGGAUACACGGGCGGGGUAGGGCUGCCAAAUGCACCGGUCUGAGACUGGUUGCGGGCACCGUACCCUCACUGCCCGCGUGCCCGGCUCUAGUCUUGUUUCUGCUUUUGCCCAGUUUCUGGGGGCCCCAACCCGGUCGUCUGCGGGGGGUGCUCGCUUUGUUUUCGUUUUAGAAGAGUGUUUUCUAAAAGGGCCGUUUUCUCACCCUUCCUUGUUAGAGAGUCGACUAAAAUACUCCAGCAAUGGUAGUUAAGCAUCGCAGUAUUUAUUCCACAAUGCCAACAUAAUGUACAGUUUGUUUUAGUGGCAAUAAACGAAGCCAAUGAAUGA